UCUCUCUCUCUCUCUCUCUCACGCACACCGAGACCCCACGUCUUGCCACCACCAUUUAUUUUCCUCGGUCGCACCGCAUUUUCCUUCACCUCCGUCACCACCUCUCCUUCCUCUUCUUCGGCUGACUCCUCCAUGGGUUUCCCCUCCGUCUGCUACACCGUCAUCCUCCCUCGCCCCGUCGCCCUCGUCGUCCACCUCCUCGACCGCAUCAAGCUUGCCGUUUCCAUGGCCCUCUUCCACCUCGGCCUCAUCUCCUCCUACGAAGACCACUUCCUCUACCCCCUGCCGCUGCCCGACUUCAACCCCCCCUCCCCCUCCUUUUCCCUUCCCCUCCCCGCCUCCGCCAUCAAGACCGGUCUUCCCGUCGUCAGGUUCUCCAACCACAGGAAGACUAGGCUCCACCGGUGCGAGCCCGUCUGCGCCGUCUGCUUGGGCGCCUUGGAGGCCCGACACGAGGUCAGGCAGCUCGGCAACUGCUCCCAUGCCUUCCACAGGGCCUGCAUAGAUAAGUGGGUGGACAUCGGGCAUGUCACCUGCCCACUGUGCAGAGCUCAGCUCCUCCCCAGUAGAAGGGAGGAGGAGUAUGGAGUGGAUGCUGAUUGAAUCUUACUGUUCUUGCUUUGACGAAUAAUAAGAGUUUUAGGUAAGAGACUUGGUGAUACACUAACAAGUGGCUUCAACUCCUUUACUCUUGUAUUAUUUUCCUUGAUCGAGUAUUGGUGUACAUCAUUCGAAAUGACAAUAGAAAAAGCUCGUCUUCUCUGAUC